AUGCUUGAUGAGCUUCACUCGGGGCACUGUGGUGUAGUGCGAAUGAAAGAAAUGGCACGCAGCUAUUUCUGGUGGCCAAGCCUGGAUGCAGCUAUAGAAGAAAAAGCCAAGUCAUGCUCUGCCUGCCAGAAACUGAGAAACCUCCCACAGCUGGCUCCCUUGCAUCCGUGGGACUGGCCUGAGGAACCAUGGCAAAGAGUCCAUGUUGAUUUUGCUGGACCACUGGAGAACCACAUGUUCUUAGUUGUAAUUGAUGCUCAUAGCAAAUGGCCUGAGGUCGCAGUCAUGAAGAGCACCUCGUCAGAGAGAACCAUUGAAGAGUUGAGAUCCAUUUUCAGUCGUAAUGGUCUGCCACAGCAGUUGGUUAGCGACAAUGGUCCACAACUGGUGUCAGAAGAAUUUAAGGCGUUUAUGGAGGAGAAUGGUAUUCAGCACAUCAAGUCUGCGCCCUAUCAUACGGCUACAAAUGGGCUUGCGGAAAAAUUUGUACAGGCUCUGAAGAAAGCUCUGAAGUCCUCUCCAAGCACGCAAACCCUUAACAGGCGCCUCAAUGCUUUCUUGUUGGCAUAUCGAAACGCCCCUCAUGCUACCACGAAGGUGUCCCCUGCCUCAGCGAUGUUCAAGAGAUAA